AUGUCCGACCGGGGCGCCGGCGAGAGGAAGAGGCGUGGAACUUUCGCCAAGGCGCUGUCGAGCAGCAUGUCGGCGGGUGACUUCCUGGGUCGUUUCCGCACCAAGAAAUCGUCGGCGACGCCCGCGGUAUCCCCUGAUGUCAACGAAACGAAAUCGGAGGAGCCUUCGGAGCCGGUCGCGGACACGCCCAGAGCGGCGCCGGAGGAGGCCGUGGAGGAGGAGGCGGUGGAGCUGAAGGAGGAGACGAAGAAGCAGGAAGUGAAGGAGGACGAGGAGGACAAGACUGGGGAAGAGAAGGAGGAGAAGAGGAUGGAAGAGGAGGAGGAGGAGGAGGAGGAGGAGGAGCCCGAGGCGGUGGUGGCGCUGACAAUGUCGCUCACGGGGCUGCUGGAAUGCGGGCGCUCCCUGCGGAUGGAAGGCACCUUCCAGGGCGAUCUCAUCUCCACCGGCCGCGUGGUGGUAGCGCCUACGGGAAAGAUCAAAGGACAUCUCAAGGGCCUCAAGUUCCUUCUCGUGGAGGGACAGGUUGACGGAGACGUCGUGUGCGAGGAGGUGAUGGUGGUAAACGAGGGCAAGGUGUUCGGAGACAUUUCCUCGGCCCGCGUCACUGUUGGGCCUCAGGACACAGCCGUGUCGGGGAAAGACGACGGCCUGGUCGAGGGCGCGAGUGGUGGCGUCACUACUUCUGAUGCCACUGCCACCGCUGCGGGCGAUGCUGAUGCGGCCGCGGGUGAUGAUAAGGAGGCGGAGGCCGGGGCGGAGACGGAAUCGGAGUCGGACGAGGGUCAGGAGGAUGAGGAGUACGCUGAGAAGGAGGACGGCUCGGAAGACGCGGCAGGCGUUGUUGCUAUUGCUACGGCCGACGCCGCCGCCAAGGCGGUGGAAGGGGGCGAGGUGGACACAGCCACGGCUGGCGUUGUCGAGGAGGCCAUGGUCGUCUCGGUGAAGGAGCAACACCCGAAGGACGGCGAGGGGGACGCCUGCACGCUGGUCACUCCGGAGGACUCCAAGGAGGACUACGAAGACGCUAUGGAUGACCUGGCCGGGCUAAGCUUCGCGUAAGCGACAUGAACAGCAAGGUAUCACCGACAUUUUUUUUGUGUGUCCUCUUGCGGGUAUAACCAGCCGUGACUAGUAGUCAGCGCUUCCCGUAGGGGGACGGGUGCGUUGUUUUCGGGCUGGGCGAGAGAGGUCGGAGGGGCUGCGACCGACGUGGUGCUAUAUCUACCGGCUGUGGGUGGUUUGAAGGGUAGGGGCCUUUUGCACU